GAUACAUUCGAGGUGGGAGCAUCGAUGGAACGAAACCAACGAAUGAAUGGCAUUCAGGAAGUAUCUGCUUCGGGAGAUGGUUGUUGUUUUGAAUUGUCUGAAUGGUGCUUCCUCAAAAAUUACGCAAAAUGGUGAGAUCACCGAAGGCAAAAAUGGACACCGCCACGGGCUCAGGAUUAAUGGAGGAGUACGACUUGAUGAAGCAAUCCAAAUAUCGGGUGUACAUGUCCAACAUCGAUAAGGCACUGAAGAACUUCGAGUACUCGAGCGAGUGGGCCGAUCUGAUCUCGGCACUCGGGAAACUAAACAAGGUCAUCUCCUCCAACUCACAGUAUCAGAUAAUUCCCAGGCGGAUUAAAAUUUCGAAACGUUUGGCACAGUGUAUGCAUCCAGCACUGCCGUCCGGAGUUCAUCUCAAGGCUCUGGAAUCGUACGAUGUGAUAUUCAGCAAUAUUGGGGUAGACCGACUGGCUUCGGAGCUGUUCAUUUAUAGUGCGGGAUUGUUUCCCUUGCUGGGUUAUUCAGCUAUGAACGUGAGGCCCACCCUGCUUUCCAUUUAUGAGAAGUAUUUUGUUCCUCUGGGCGAAAAGCUGCGGCCUGCACUCAGUGGUUUUCUGAGUGGUGUAUUCCCUGGUCUAGAAUCCGGACAGGAUCAUUUCGAACGAAUCAGUUCCCUGCUAGACAAAGUUUGUGCCGCGGUAAAACCAGAAUGCUUCUACACCUGCCUGUGGGAAUGCAUAGUCACAAAUGCUUCCGUACGUCUGCCCGCAAUCAGCUACGUGCUGGAACAUUUUGAUAAAAAGCGAGCCUGUUCGGAGCAGAAACAACUGAUGGGAGGCAGUGUGGAACUUCUGGUAACCGGUUUGUGUAGCUGUCUCAACGAUUCAGUAAUAUUGGUGCAGCGGAAUACUCUGGAGUUUCUGCUCUUGGCAUUCCCAAUGCAUGCAAUGAUUCUCUCACAACGAGAUGUUACAAAACUAGUAAAAACUGCUCUCAAUACUAUCUUGCGGCGAGACAUGUCGCUUAACCGUCGGCUCUAUUCAUGGCUUCUGGGCGCAGAUACCAGUCUUGGGAAACAUUUGGAAGACAUCGGCCACGAUGGAGAAACCACCGACCCAAACACCUACUUUGAGACUCACUCAAAGCUGGUUCUCAUCAGUGCAUAUAAACUAAUUCUUAGGGCCAGUGUCACAUCCAGCCCGCCAGAUCUUAGCCCCUAUAGAAUACUAAUCUCAUUGCUCGACAAGGCCGAAAUCGGCCAGCGCAUACUGGAUGACGUGCUGUGCGACAUCAUCCGUACCAUUUCAUUGUGCAAUGGAAACCUGGAAGUGCAAAAGAAUGCCAACGUACUGUUUUCCACGUUCGAUCCUUCAUACAUCUGGAACUAUAUGACCACCCUCUACCGGGAUGGAGCAGCGAAAAAAGACUCGAGGACAUCUUCUGGCGGUGACGGUGGCAGUGGCAGGGCGAACAGCAUCAACUUCACCAACAUCAAGGACAAUAUCCGAAUAGACGCCGGUCCACCCGGUACGGUUGAGUUGUGCUAUCUGACGGAAUUUCUACUGGAGACGCUUUCGCUGGAGAUCUACAACGAAACGACGCGGGUGUAUCUGCCAAAGUUCUUGCUCUCGCUGAUCCGGAUGUUGACAGUGUACGCAGAGAACAUGACCUCCAACGAAGUAGCCGCCUCGCUGCGGCUGUGCGUGAAAAUUGUCUCCAAAGUGCAGCCGAUGAUUAUGUCGGAGAAGGUACUUGACCUAUCGAUCAGCACCCGCAGCAAUAGUGUUACCACGGAAGGCCAGGAAGCAAAGGAAACAGUUUCGCUCGAAAAGAGUAAUUCAGACUCGAAGAUCCACGAAACCUCUCUUCAGGUAGUUCAGGACAGUUCCUUCACUCGAUCGAGCUCCAGCCAGGGCCUGAACAAGAAGGGGAAGUACAGCAAAAAAUCGAAGAAAUCCAAAUCCUACACCAAGUUGAGUGAUCUGGAUCAGAGCACGUCGGCGAGCAAAAGUACCGCCAAUGUAAGCGUAAUGUCCAACGGGGCGAGUGGAUCGCACACGACGAUUGCCACGGCAAGCUCAACGCCCAAUUUGAAGAACGAAGAUGUCACUGGAGGUGAAUCGAGUCAGGAGGAGCGGCAGAGUCUGAACAGCGACAAGGAGGACGUCCAGUCGGAUAUUGUGAUUAAGGUUACGAGGCAGAUUGCACCGGCCCAGCUGCCAGAUUGUCCUAUUUUAGAGAAGUGUAUCAAACAGUAUGUGUUGUUCUAUGAACUUUACGUGUGCCGGCAGAUCUUCGAUGGAUCGAAUGUGGAAUCGAUGGGAAGUUCGGCAUCAUCGUCGGAACAGGUUAGCUUGCAAGACAACCUCUUCAUAAAUCCGAGCGAUAGCAAGUGUUUGUUGAACGACGACGUGUAUGUGAUAAAUGCACUGCAGCCUGAGCUCGAGGACACUUUCCAGACCUUGAAGAUUGUGGGGGUGUCCGAUAGUAAAAAGUUGAAAGCGAUUUUGGCGAAGACGAUAGAUCGUGAACGAAAUAGUGAAGUGUUUGAGCAGUGGAGUGCGACAGAUACCGGUACGAAACGAGGCAUAUAUGAAAUAGAUUCUCUUUUGGAGAGCAAUGAGAAGCUUAAACGAGUGAUCAAUGCCAGGAUAUCGGAAUCGCUAAGAAGUGCUCUCAAACUGGCAUGCAACGUACUGACGGAAAUGUCAUCUUUUCCGAGCUACGGAAACGAUAGUGGUUUUAGAAAAUGUGAUAACAUACCAGGCUGGUUAAAAGCACUGACUAUUUUGGCUGCGUUCAUCGGGGAUUUGGACACACAACUGUCUGCCGCGCAGACUCUGAUCGACAUGAUCAGUUUACUGCGGACAAAUGAUCGAAAGCCCAAAUCCAGCAGUUCCGGUACAACGUUUGUGAUGAUGAUGCCCUUGCUGAAGUUGUCCCACGUGCUUUACCUGGAGAAGAAAACAAAGGUGUUCCAGGUGCUAACGAGUAUGCUGUGGAACCAUCUGGAAGCAGGACGCUCCGAAGCUCGAAACAUCAGUGUACUGCUGUACCGAAUACACAGCUGCUUAGAUCCGAAGUUCACCGAAGAUGUCAUCAUAAGCAAGGUAAUCGUGCCGCAGAGAGAAAAUAGUGGAUCGGACCGUCAUAAUCUGCACGUGUUUUGGUCCAUUCCGGCUCUGUCGACUACGGAACUAAAAAUCGAACCAGCAGAAUUUCGACGAUUCCAACUUCUCUGGAAGCUCGGUCGUGAUACCCAUCAUGGGAAAGAGUUUGAAAAGUUGUUAUUCCUGAUCUUGGACGUGCUAACAUUGCCGAGCAAUUUGUCGAUGCAGGUCACUGUUUCAAAGUGGCUACAGGAAGCAUUGGUUCGAGGGGACAUGGGACGAAUUUUGAAACCUUUGCUAAAGAUCCUGCUGAAUGAAAGUACAAAACGGAUGAGCAUCAUCUACACGAAACGAUACAAACAGGAUAACGACACCGGCAGUGAAUGGGAGAAAGAUCUCGUAGCGGACGGAGACUCGUUUCUGGACAAAGAAUGCUUCGCUGUGAGUUCCGAAGAUGGGUGCAUCCGAUAUCACAUGGAUAACGUACUGAGUAAAAAACGUAGUCCAAUUAGGACCAUUCAAAAGAAAAUAUUCGGAGUCUCAAUCGGCUCAAAGGCCAACAGCAGCCAAGUAUCGAAUUACAUAACGAGCGACAGUUCAAAGGAAGUGGCAGCAACUGCAGCAACAGACGAUAACUUCACCAAGAUCUCGUUCAUUAUAAACCCACUGGAGAAGGAACUGAACGGGAAGAGCCCUAAAGCGUUGCGAAACAGAUCUAAUUCGAUGGGAUUGAUCGACUGCGAACCGAGUGCCGUGGAGUCGGGAUCGCUUCCAAAUGGAAUCGAUAAGAAAGAAUUCCAUAGGUCAACUUCGGACAUUGACGAAGCAAGUGACGGAGAUUUCGAACGAAAGAAGGGCCGAUUGAGUGAGGGUAGCUACAGCCGAUCCACGACGGCAGCGGGUUUUUACGAUACUGAAACAAUCAAACGCGCUUCGGGCGGGAUGUCAAUGGAUGAUGAGGGCUUUGUGUCAACGCUGUCCGAGCGCACUCUAAACUAUUCGUUAACGUCCAAUGCAUCGUCAUCCAUCACAGCAACGGGGAACGAUGCAGAAAUUGUGUUUGGAACAGGACCGGGAGAUCCCCCAGCGACUGCUUCGGAAACGCCCUCGAGCGGCAGCGUCUUCGGGGGCGAUUCGCAACGUAGUAGCAGCAAUAGCAAGGACAGCGCCAAGGCCAGAGAUGGCGAGCUGUUUGGAUUUGGUCGUCGUAAGAACUGGAGAAAUUUGUCCAAAUUAUAUCCGUUCCACACCCAUUUCCUAAUUUAUGAAUCGAUAUUCAAUACCAAACAGAUUCUUUACACCUUGGAGACGUUGAAGAAUAUUUUAGUGAAUGAUAACAGGUUCUUCCUUUGCCUUUCCGUUACAACUUCGGUUACGAGCAGUCAGAUUCGGAACUUACUGGUACGGCAUCGAAGGAACGUUUUUGGCAAAAAUUUUACUGAUGGACACGACGAAGCUGAGUAUCAAAGCAUGUACAGAGGAUGUAUGUACUUGGAGGUCAUCGUGACGCUUUUACUUUACUAUACUCGAAGCUAUUAUCAAAAGGACGAAGAGCUGAAGGCUCAACCCUCCAAAGACGAUCUGAAUGGGAACUCCAAAAUUCAACUGGAAUGUAUAAAACUGAUGACUAAAAUUUUCUCUGAACUCCUGACAAUCGUCAAGGAUGUCGGUAAAAACUUGGCAAAUUACAUCGCCGAUCUGAUGGAGAAAUGCAAAGUUCAGAAAAUUCUUCUGUACUGCUUGACGUCGUCGGUCAAUUAUUUCACGUCGCCUCAAUGUUACACUUACUCCGACGAGAUCUUAGUUUUCAACGAUCCGGAAAGUUCCCGUCUCUACGCAGAAGCCUACCAGAUCGAACUGCUCAAUCUUAUUUUAGCCGUAAUCAAAUUAGAACAUGAAAUCAUGAUUCAGAGAAAUGACGAACGAUUCAAUGAGGGCAUCAAGAACGUCCUUUCCAGCAACUCUCCGACGCGACAUGCCCCCGAGAACAAACGCAUCUACAAGUACAUUCCUAAUCAGCUGGUUAGUCAACAACCCAUGUUCUUAUCGGCUGUCUUAUCUGCGCUGCAUUCGGAUAAGUUGAAACACAUCCAUAAAAGUUGGACCGACAUGAUAACAUCCUGCCUCACCUAUCUCCCCUUGAACAAUCUGACCAACAUCGUCAUCAGCAUUAUCCACCAGCUGUGUGCAAACUUGGACCGCAUCACCAAACGGGAUAGGAUUCACAACCAGUGUACCGAUUACAUUGUGUCCCAGCUGGAGGCCAUCACAGUAUUAUCGCACUACUGUCUGUUAGACAGCUCCCAGCAAAUCUCCCUGGCGAACGUUUUCAGUCCCUCGAGCAAUCUUACUUCCCCGUCUACUAACUCCGGUCAAAUCAUUAACAGUAUCGUGAACGUGUUUCUCUCUUCCUCUCUUUUGAACGAGAACCAAGCCAAAAAUAGUCACCAAAAAGUUGCCAGAACUGCAAUCCUUAGUCAUCUGCCCCGCAUCAUUAUCACCAUUGCCACGCUCUGGGAAACCAGCAUUAGCGAGUUCCGACACGUGAAGCACCAGCUGCUAGAAUUUCUUAGUCCAAUCUCACUGCACUACGGCACAAACUUUCUCACUGCCAUUUCUGUCGCUUGGUACGAACGGAGUAGUGACAUAUUCAACACCGCAAUUCCAAUAGACAGCAUCUCGGCCGACGGUAGCGCCGACGGCAUCGAUUUCUUCGAGGUCAUGGCCAAAGCAUUACCUCAAGCGAACGAGAAUCAACUUUUGCUCGUCAAGUUAAUUUCCGGUAUUCGGAUCAUGUCGGUUGAUUCGUUCAUCCAAACCAUGCACCAAGUCAUAAAAUCUCCCCCACAAAUCUACCAACCUCCCGUUGGGUUCAACAUCGAGGUCAGCGCCCUAGAGUUGUUGUUCUUUUACCUGCAGAGCGUUGCUCAAGCCCAUUUCAAUGACUGCUGGAGUUCACUGUAUGCUUUGCUCAAAGACUGCCUCUCGCUACAAAUACCGGCCCAAUUCGUCGCUCUAUCCAUCCUGAACGAGUUUGUUCAGCGGUGUUCGGUGAUUCCUUUUGCGGAUAAAAAGGAUCUACGGGAUCUGCACGACGUCACGCAGCGGUUGGUGGAAGCCAUCUCCAAUGUGGCGGGUUCGUGUUUGGAACAAACCACCUGGCUGCGGCGAAAUCUCUCGGUGAAGGAAGAGUUUAGCUCGAUCGAGAGCACUAAGGACGGGCUGCUGAUGCCAUCCAAUCAGCACUACUCCAUUCAGGCGCAAUCGAUUCUGGCAAGCAUUCUCGCGCCGUUGUUAGACGUGGUCUUUAGUUCCCAGGAGAAGGACAAGGUAACCGCGGUGGUGACCGGCGUUAUGUACAACAUUGUGCCUUAUCUAAAAACUCACACGGUAAAGAACAUUCCGACGUUCCACGCGUGCUCUCACUUGCUGGCGAGUUUGAGUACCUAUCAGUAUACUCGGAAGGCAUGGAGAAAGGACGCCCUUGAUCUGUUGCUGGAUGCAACCUUCUUCCAGUUUGACAGCCGCUGCUUGCCCUACUGGAAAACUAUCCUCGAUAGUUUGAUGACCUGUGAUAAUACCACUUUUAGAGAUCUUAUGAAUCGCUUGCCACUAGCACAAACCGGAUCGCUAAACAUAUUCACUUCUAAGGAGCAGGAAUAUGAACAACGGGCUCUGCUAUUGAAGCGAUUGGCCUUCGUCAUUUUCUGCAGUGAAGUGGAUCAGUACCACAAAUAUAUGCCGGAGAUUCAAGAACAACUUGCCAACAGCCUAAGACUACCCCAGGUUGUACCCCUUAUACAGUCGGCGGUAUUCCUCUGUUUCCGGGUGCUACUUUUGCGGAUGUCGGCCGACAACGUAACUAGUCUCUGGCCGAUCAUCAUCGCCGAAAUGGUUCAGGUGUUCCUUUCCAUCGAACAAGAACUGAUGACAGAUACUGAGGAAUUUAGCCAACAUAUUCGGAUGCUGUCUGGAUUGGACACGGCGUGGGUAACCAACACAAACAACGGACUGUACUCGUACGGGCAUCCGCACUGGAGAAUGGUACAGCUGGAAACCGCCAAGCUGCUGGAGCUGGGUUGUGUCCUCCCAGCGACCAUUCUCCCGCACUUCCAAAUGUACCGCUGGGCGUUCGUCAGUAGCCAAAACGAGCACUUGCUAAGGCCGGGAAGCUACGAUGAAGCGAAAAGUAUUGCUUUUAUACCGCACGUGACCCGAAUAUCGCAGUUGAUGGACUUCCGAUACACGUCACAUUCACCGAAGGCCCAAACCACCAAGGGCAGCCACAUCAUGCUAACCUGCCAGUCGAUCAACACCCUGCAGGAUCUGUACAGUUUCUUCUCGACGCUGUCGAUGCGAUGGCCUUCGCACAUCUCCUACACGGCCGACACGGAAAAGGACACCAAGAGCUGCCUCGACGAGGUGGAGAAAGUGCUGGCACUGGACUUCCUCGAAAAGAUGCCCUCAACGGUUAAGUAGGAGCGCGCACUGGGAAAUACGGUCGACAUCUGCGUUCGGACUUGUGUUCGUUUCGGGAUGGGGCGUGUCUUUGAGCAGCAGUAUUGUAUAUGUGACCGACUAGUUUAUGAAAUUCGUGAUUUGUGAUCCUUUAGAUACUUCCUUUUUUAAUUGUUGAUUAGUCCCCCUCUCUAUUAUUGAUCAUGUACAGACGAAAUUUACAAAAUUAACGCUAUUUAUUCUAAAUUAUUUUUAAGUGAUAGUCUGUAAAUAAAAUAAGCCACGUGUGGUGGUAAUGACUAUAAAAAAGGCCAACGUUUGUACUCUUCUGAGUAGUGAAAUGUGAAAAGUGAUAUGACGGAAGAGGAGAUUUAGCACACAAGGUGAAGAUGGAUACACACUUCACGACUAAGCUUACAAAAAGCUGUUCAGAGAUCUAAUUUAAAACAAACGUCUAAAUAAGAAAUCUAUGGAGCGUGGAUUCUGCAUGUUAAGCUAGCUUAUUUUUUCAAUAGUUGCAGAAGUUCCUUGAAUAUAUAUAUAAUAGCAAAUCAAAAAUUGAGUAUCGAAAGAAAAAAAAAGAUUCAGGAUAAGAGAACAGUAAUUUUUCGGAAAAUAAGAUACAAUCUAGUGAUCGACCAUGGCGCAGUGAAUGCUAAAUAGAUAUGUGAUUACCUAAAUAUAUUUUUAAAACAUUUGCGAUUGUUUUAAAAAUGUUAA